CGCUCUCGAGAAGGCAGGAGCACCAGUCCGCGCGCAACCAUCGCAUUAGCUGCACGUACAUCAUUGCAGAUUACACCGUCGUAUUAUUCUCAUCCGCUGAGCUGCGGAGUGUAUAGUGGUAGAGUGCGAGAGUGACCGCCGCGACGGAGACCGUACAAGGAAUGUUGAUGGCGGGCGCUUUGCCGGCCGAGCCUGAGGGGCUACUGUCCCUGGGUAGUUUACCCGGUCAAAAAGACACCACAUGGACCAAACUCUUUGUCGGCGGUCUGCCAUACCAUACCACGGAUAAGAGCUUGCGAGAGCACUUCGCGGUUUACGGAGAUAUCGAGGAGGCAGUAGUCAUCACGGAUAGACAGACUAGCAAAAGUAGAGGAUACGGAUUCGUAAUAAUGGGAGACAGAGCGGCAGCGGAACGUGCCUGUAAAGACCCCAACCCAAUCAUUGACGGGAGGAAAGCCAACGUGAACCUAGCAAUACUCGGAGCGAAGCCUCGAGGGAACUUAGCGCCUGGUUUCGGAUUAGCGGCAGCGGCAGCAGCUGGUGUUCGAGCAGGUUAUCCCACUGUGCUACCCGCACACUACGGACUGUCCCCCGGCUACGUGUACGGCGCGCCAGGCUACGUGGGCGGCGUAGGCGGUGUGGGCGGCGUGGGCAGCGGGGCGGGACUGAUGCAGCUGCCGCAGCUCCAGCACGCCGCGGCAGUGGCGGCUGCCAAUCACUUGUACGAGUAUCAAGCAGCCGCGCAAGGCGCCUACCAGCAUCAGUAUGCUGCCAUGGACCCCUACGCCACCGCAGCCGCAGCGGCAGCGGCAGCUAGCGGUGCAGGGUAUAUGUCUCCGUACUACACUCUGCAGGGUGGGAGUGUCCAAGCACCCCUUCUGCCCCCUCUGUCCUAUCCUCCUCAGCUCCAGGAGGCACGCAUGCAGUGAAGACACCUGUCAAAGUGAUGUCGUAGCGUUACCACACACGAGCCAAAAGUAUAUUUUUGACAACUUUAUGAAAAACCAAAUAUUCAAUUACAAAGUUUAAAGUGACCAAAGCUGUAGAAUAAGCCUACGAUGUUAGCCUCGAGUUAACUAAUGUAUAGUACACGUUGAUUACUAAAAAUUAUAUUAUUUUUGAAAACUAAAUGGUAAAUGAUAACAAUAAGGUGCCUUAGUCAAAGACUUCAAUUGGCCUUUACUAUAGGUACUACAAUAUAAUUAGAAACACGAGAAAUACUUAAUUAGCCUGCCAGUGUACGUGUAAUACUAUGUCAAGUAAAUUAAUAAAAAAAUUAACGUAAUAAUUUGUACUUAUGUUCAUCGGGACAUUUAGACGUUACUCGUUGUUGUGACAAAUCAUUUGAAUUCUACUACUAAUACCAUUGUAUUGCAUUGUCAGAACUAUGAUGAGCUCAAUCUUUUCGUUUACCCUCUUCAAAAAACAAUCGCACUAGAGGAAUUUUUUUAAAUAGAAGAUUUUGUUUUCUGGUUGGUUUUAAUUAACUUGAAUUAAUACGGUCUAUUAGUUUAUGUACCUGCGAAGUCCCAAGUAAGCAUGUCACGGCAGCGGUACACCGUACACGCUACCCGACGGACAGCUCGUAGUAUAUAAGUAAGGUUACGCCAUGCUUGCCCAUGACUUGUAUCAUCCUCAACCAAAGGUUCCUACCAUUAUCUGCUUAUACAAUAUCGUUGGAACGUAAAGCUCUCUCGAUAGAGGAUAACCUAUUGUGAUACAGAGUAAUGAAGCAAUAAUCACUUAAGUAUCGAGAUCUGUGUUUAUUUGGUACGGGGUAAUUGUGGAUGUGUAAAUGUACGCGGAAGGCUUCAUAAGCUUAAUUGUUUAGAUUUCUAUUGUUUAAACAUGUCCAUGUUGCUCAAUGUGUCCUAGAAUGGACUUGGUUUAGUUUAAGGUCGGAGGAGAGGGGUUUACUACGUAAAAUUAGCAAAAAUACUUAUUCUUAAUUAUAAUGCGUAUAACAUACGACCCUAGUAAUAUUCUCCAAAGCGGUUUAGGGUACUUAAUAGUUAGAAUAAUUCAAUUACUAGUCCUUGUAAUAUUAAUUGUAAUGAAACUUUACUAACGCCGGCCGUGACGAUUCUAUUUCUAUUUGCCAUUUACCAAAAAAAUAAUUAUACUCCAAUUUUUUUUUUCAAUGUCACUUUAUGUAUAACGAAAUCAGAUUCGUAUAAUAGUAGACUUAUAAAUAAUAUACUGAUUUGGUGUAAGCAGUAUCUAGCGACGGCUAGCGUUUAGUACAAGUUAAAGCUAAGGCACUAGAAUGAUUAGAUUAUUAAAUAAUUAACAUAAUAUAUAUGUAUGUUUAAGAUAAUCUUAGGUGUAAUAUUCUGUUAUUCGUAAUUUAUUUUGUUGAUAUUUGUAAAUCUACAUGUUGAUACUAUUUAUUAUGUGGAAGAGGAAUAAAAAUUGUUAAAUAUUAAUAAACCGAAUUGAAUCUCUUACAGCUGAGCAUGUGUAGUUAGCGCCAAGCAUAAUCCAAGUCACAAUUUCGCAUUAUCACGGAUGACUCGGUGAGCAGUCAAAAGCAACCCAUGUAGCUUGGCGCCAUCUCUAUGUUGGCAACGUGAUUCGGCUCGAUAUAUUGAAUUAUAGACAUUAUAUAAGUAUAAACAUACCAAAUAUAACAUUGUAAGUAUGUAUACCAUGGUCUAGUGUAGGGUCCCUACUUGUGUACCCACUAUUAGUAAGACACUAUUUAGCCACUAGACGCGGAUAUUCACUUUAAAAAUGCCAUAUAGUGAGGCCAUCUUGCCGUAAUAUAGAAGUUAAAAAUUAUUAAAAAAAUGUUUAUUACCCUACAUAGUAUAUACAUAUCAUCAAACAAUUAAUGAUUUUAAGACCUAAUGAAGGUGUUGAUUCACUGUCAGUCCAAUAAGUGCAUUUCAUCGCAGUAUUUAUUGCACAAUAAUUGUUUAUGUAUAACAUAAUAUUAUUAAACUAUAAAUAUUUUAUAUAUAAAUUCUUAAAAUAUACCUAAUAACUUGUUAAACCAAUACUGUAUAAUAUGUGGCAGUAUUCAAUAUAGGAUAAACGAAAUAUGUAUAUGUUACAGUACUUAAUUUAGGAUAUGGAAAAUAAUAAUUUUUUAAGUACAA